GAUGAAAGACGAGAGAAAGAGUAUCUUUGUUUUUAUGCUUUCUUGGAAAAUUAUUUUUUUCAGAGAUGCACAAUAAAAUGUGGAAAAGCAGGAAAACUGUAUUUUGCAUUUGUUUCAAAGUUCAGGGUAUUAUUCUUGGUAGUGUCUCCUCAUUCUGUUGAGGUUGUGUUUUACCACAGGGGUACCAAGAACGUUGUCUAAACAGAAUUUUCAUCUUUAGCAGUGCUAUGUUACUGGCAUGAAAUACUGAUGUGUGCAUGGGAAACCAGUACCACUGCAUCAAAUGAAUUUAGUCUCAGGCCUCAGAGACCUUGUUAGUGCAUCUUUAAAUAAAUAAACAGGCUUCUUUCCUCUGCUUCUCUUGACCUCACUUUUUCUUGACUGAGGUCUGACUGACACUUCAUUUGCUUUAUCAUUGUAUAAAUAGAAAAUGUAAUUCUCUUGCUUUUUUUUUUUUUUUUUUGGUUAUAGACAGUCUGGGUUGAUAAGAAAGCGUCUAGUGCAGUUUUUUUUAACUGAAUGCUGCUCUACUUUGUGAUAAAAAAUCACAUAAGCCAAGCAAAACCUUCCUGUUAAACUACACAUACAGCCAUCAAUACCCAGUGUGCUGUGUGUCAGGUUGUCUGUGUUACAGUCUUUAACUGAAAUAAUUUUAAAAACAGUGCCUUUCAGAGGAGGACUUCUAUGAAAAUAUUUCACAAGAGACUGAAUUUUUCCAUAAUGAACAAGAAGCAAAAGGGAAUCGGGCUGGCAAAGGAGAGUGCAUACAUGUGUUCCUGAGCAUGCAUUGCUUGUGUUUCCUGCCCCAUGCUCAUUACUGACCCAUGGCUAGGCAGUUAGUGCCCCACAUAUCUUUAAAAUGCCUUUAUUUCUGGAGUCACUAAUUGCAAAGGCAUUGUUCCAGCUGUCCACCCCAAAUAUCUAAUUCUUUUGUUCUUGCUUACAGGUGCACUGAUACUCUAGAUUUUCUGAAAUGGCCAGCUGGUGUUGGGAAGAUGGAGAAGACUUUGAACAAAAUUCAUCCAGUUUCUGAUCCAGAAGCAACUUAUUUUCUACAGGUGUCAUGGGAAAAGGAUUUAGGCACUGGCUUUGGUUUGCUUCUUAGUGAUUGUCAGUGUGCCUGGACUGGGACAGUGUCUGAAGCAGACAUUUCUAGGGAGGCUGCUGACAUAGAAAUGGACAGAGAAAAAUAUGUGGAAGAGCUGAGGAAAGCACUGAUAGCUCGAGAAGAGUCAACUGGCAAAUACAACUUUGUGAUUUCAAGAGAUGAGCAGAAUAAGGCCUGUCACUUCUCCUAUGAAAGGAACCUGAAAGAUGGCUCUUUCAGACUUGGAUCUUUGAAGCUGCAAGAAGUCCCAAGCCCAGGAGAGGUGGUCAAGGAACUCAUUGGUUAUUGCCUGGACAAACUGGGAAAGCUGCAGGCCAACACUGAGCAUCUGCAGAGAGAAAAUGAAAGGCUUUUCAGCAACUGGAAUGAUGUGGAGAAGAGGCUGGAAAAAUGCAUGGAAGCCAAAGAGAAGCUGGAGGCAGACCUUUACAGCAGGUUUGUUUUGGUGCUGAAUGAAAAGAAGGCAAAGAUAAGAAACUUGCAGAAGUUGUUGAGUGAAGCUAAAGAAUCUGCAGAGGAUGCCAAAUGUGCAAGGGAUAGUAUAGCUACUACUGAGAUGGCUAUAAAGAGAGAAAAUAACUAUGAUGCCAGCACUGAUGAAGAAAGUGAAAAUCCAGCACGGGCCUCAUUGCCAUCAGCUCUGGAACGAAGAGAUUCCUCCCUCCUGGGCAGCCCAGACAUUGUGGACCCAGCUCCGAGGAGAAAACGAAGGCAAAGGACAGCAAAACCUGCAGGGACAGGAGCUAAGGUGGCUGCUUACGAGGCAGAACAGGCAGCCCAGGAAAAGCCUGGCCUGGCCUCACAGGAGACAUCGGGGCAGCAUUGCCCGGAUUGGGAUCUGGAAACCCUGGAAAACUCCUGUGAGCCAGAGGACCUCUUCAAGGACAUGUAGCCACAAGUGGGCUGAAGAAUGCAGACUCUGGUGCUUCUAGCAGAGAUAAGUUAUAAACUAAAAGGCAUUAUUUUACAGAGCAAAGCCAAAAUCUUUGCUCUGGGGCUCUAAACUCUUCUGUGCUGCGCUUCUCCUGUUCUUGUAGACCCUUGGCCUGCUACACCCCAUUUGUGGGGGUCUAAAAGUUGAAUUUAGCCUCUGUGUAGACAUUUUAUCACUUGUAUGUGGGAAAGGAGAGCACUGUGGAUAUGUUUUUGCAUCCUCACAGCCUCUGAUUGUGUUCAGGAUUAACCAUUUCCCAAACACCAGGCAUAACGUGAUUCCAGACUGCCACUGUACUCAGCUUUUCCCAGCUCUGCCCAGGCAUAGUCUGGAUAAAUCAGCUUUAUUUGAGGUGCAGGUGUGACUUUAGAAUGAUCUGUUCUGAGUCAAAGCAUACAAAGGAAUGUCCUUUUAGCUGAGGGGUUCUCUGUGGCACUUUGCAUUAUAAGGUAUUCUUGCUUUUGGGAGUAAAGUGCCACUAAAAUUGACUCUAUUUUAACUUUCUGUGGAAACCGACAGUGUUUAAAACUGUGAUUUUUGAUACUUUGGCUUUUUCCUUAAGGCGAUUUCUAAAAAAACCAAAAAAUAAAAUGCAUUUGAAAAAUAAAUCAAAGUUGUCUUUAUUUGUUACACGUUAUGAGUUAAGGCAGUCGUUACCAAAGUGUGUUAAUGCCUGAGCUUG